AUGAUCCAAAAGGAAAGCGAGAGAAAAAAACAUUGAGAGGUGGAGUGGACUGUGGAGAGCACAUCCUGCCUCAUGUGCCUCUCUCUGGACUAUAUAGCAAUGCACUAGCUUUCUUAGCUCAUACCCAAGCCAAGGCUGUCCACCGUCACUUCCCUUCUCUCAUGUCUAAUCACAGAAGAAAGUUCCCUCCAGUCAGUGUCAACCAAAAUAAAAGAAGCAAACUCGGUCCCUUGGUCUCCCCUCCUUCCUCUUCUCCUCGAAGGAAACCAGAGAGUCGGUGGAAGUGAUGGCGUGUGGGAGCCACGAGUGUCAUGUUAGCGAUCCAAUUUCCUCAACUCCACCACAAGCAUCACCCUCUGCUUCCCCAUCUCCUCAAAGGAACCCUAAAGAGCAUGAUCAAUGCUUUAUGUGCAAAAGGCUUGGCCACUGGUCCAAAGAUUGUCCCAACAAAACCCCCCGAAAAUCACUGGCCUUAAGCCCUGGAUCAUCCUCCUCGACUUCAGUGCAGGUUCCUGAUCUUCCAGUGGUUCGAUGCCCUUGUGGUGGGGGCACUUGUAGAGUUUCAACUUCGAACACCGUUAAAAAUCCUGGCAGAAAGUUCUAUGCUUGCCCUGUUGAUCAAAGAACAUCGGGUAGUUGCGGAUUCUUCAAAUGGAGUGACGACAUUGCUGCUAGAUUUAAACCCCCUAUGUGUCCAUGUGGUGCCGGGUCAUGCAGUUUAAAUAUCGUAUCAAGUGGUCCAGACAGAGGCCGAUGGUAUUUUGCUUGCCGGAUUAAGAAGAACCAUGGAGCUUGUAAAUUUUUGCAGUGGGCAGAUUCUGAAGGGAAUAACAUGCAGAAUAUGCAAGGAGAUGAAAGCAAGGGAUACCCUGCCCGUCGGUCCUUGUUGACUGUAAAAAAUGAACUGUGCACGGAAGACAAUAAGAGUUCUGAUAUUGAGUUGGAGUCAACAAUGGUGAAGAGUGUUGAUAAUUAUCCUAUUUCAUCCAUGGAUCCACCUAUCAGAAAAGAUGAGGUCCUUGUUAGGGACCUGGUCAUGCAGGACUCCGAGUCUUGCGAAAUUGUGUCAGGGACAGCACUUGAAGUCCCACCACCAAUACCCAAGCCUGAGAUUCCUUGCCAAGAACCAGAGUUCUCUUUGCAAAUUUCUAAUGCAAGGGACACAAAAAUUGAAGGUGUAUAUUUUUUGGGCACUUCUCCUUUUGAUCCUGUUAUAGAAGAUGUGGGUGAUAUUGAAGCCCUGGCUCUCUUAGCAGGCAGUUCAUCAAAUGAUGAUGAAAGUGAUAUACAGCAAGGUCCAUUUCUACAAUCUCCUAGAGAGGAUGCUGAGCAUCCAAAUGGUAUUUUUCAGGAGCCUUCAGGGAUGCAAACUGUGGUGGAGAACAGUGAUACAUCAAAGUUAGCCUUGAAAACGUUUGGGCAAGUUUUGCUCGACAUUCUGCAGUCUAUGGAUCAGACUCAGCAUGAAACAAUGUUGAAGGUGGCAGAAAACACUUUUGAUUCUUUGCGCCAUCUCUCAAUUGACUAUGCAUCUUUUUCCAAGGCUGUGAGGGAAUACAUUGAAUGCAAAUCAAAACUGGCUGGAAUUGAGGAGUCCAUGGGCGCAGACUCUUCUUCAGAAGAAUUCCUUGGCCAUUACAAUGAUAAGAAAACCCAGUUUGACAACAUCUCUCAGCGCCAUGUGGAGGCAGUAUCUGCUUAUGAAGCUUCCGAAAACCACCUCCAAUCACUUCGCUUAGAAGUUACACGUGUCAAAAACAUGCUUCUUCAACUGGAGAAACAAUUGACUUACUGUGAGGCUGAGACUUUGAGGUGCAAGUCUUGUGUUACUGAAAUUUCUAACCAUAAGUCAGAAUCAGAGAGAAGCUUGGAUGCUGCAUGUGAGAAAAUGGAAGAAGCUUUGAAACUUGAAGACGAGAGGGAUUCAUUGGUAUAUGCAGCAAAUGCAGCAUUAGAGAAUGCAAGGGUUCAGCUUCUUCAGUGACACCACAAAACUUUCGAUUUGUUUCUGCAGUACCAAACAAUCUAAGUUACAUUGUCUGUAUGUGUAUGUAUGUACAUACUUGUAAGCGAAUCUAGCAACUUAAGGCAUGCUCCUUGCACUUGUAAACAAUUAGACCUGUAUGGUAUGUAUAAUGUUACGAUAUGUCAUCCCAAGUAGUCUAAUGUAGAUUAUGCUGCUUGUCUCUCGGAACUGACAGCUAAUGUUUUAGUUGUUUGAAAGAAGGAACAAAGUGCUGACGUGGCUAAAAUGGGUGAAGGUUAAAAACUGAAGGAGCCAGCGAAGGCAACCCCGGUUGUUUUUUGCAGGAUAAUGGUGGUUUCUGGCGACAUGGUUUAUGGCAACCUGGUGAUUUUUGGGCUGCUUUUCUCGGUUUGCAAUUAGCUUGGUAGCGAAGGGUGUUGAAAGACCGAAUUAGAGCUUGAAUGGGUUAAUUAUUGUUGGGACUAUCACUGACACCAAUGCCGCUACUAUGUGUGGUCCUUCGUUCCAGCGAAUUAUGGAUAUGGUAAACUGGGAUUGGAAAAUUCAGGUCAACCAUUCAUUCAGGAGGGAAGGUAAUGGUCUAAUAGCUGGAUUGUCCACGUCUUUGAAGUUUUAAGUUUAUUCAUAUUUGGUCUUUGUAGUGUUAGGUUUGUUUGAUUGAGUCAUCACACUUUAUUUUUAUAAUAUUUCAGUAUGGGGACUGUAAAGAGUUCUGUUUUUUUGGUUUUGAUAAUAGUUUUGCAGUUAAAAA